CACAAGUCUACAUACAUCAACAGCUGUAGCUUACAUUCGUUGCACCUUCUAUCAUAGGCUAGCUCAUUCACUGGUCAAGGCAGACCACCAUGGACAUGGACAUGAGCUCAACUUAUCCUCACCAUUGGCUCUCCUUCUCCCUCUCCAACAACUACCACCAUGGCCUCCUUGAGGCCUUCUCCAACUCGUCUUCCGCUCCUCCCCUUGGAGAGGAGGGCGCCGUGGAGGAGUCACCGAAGAUGGAGGACUUCCUCGGCGGUGUCGGCGGCGCGGGUGCCCCGCCGCCGCCGGCUGCGGAGGAUCAGCUUGUCUGCGGCGAGCUGGGUAGCAUCGCCGCCGGGUUCCUGCGCCACUACCCGACGCCCGGGACGGCGGAGAACCCCGGUGCGGUGACCGUGGCGAUGGGGACGGACGUGGCAGAGUCCGAUCAGGCCAGGAGGCCCGCCGAGACGUUCGGGCAGCGCACAUCCAUCUACCGUGGUGUCACUAGGCACCGGUGGACGGGGAGAUACGAGGCGCACCUGUGGGACAACAGCUGCCGCCGGGAAGGCCAAAGCCGCAAAGGCCGCCAAGUCUACUUAGGUAUGUCAACUGCCACACCCAGUUUAAGCUUCACUUACAUUUGGAUUAUUAUUAAAAAGAAGCCUUUCAAACUUACUGCAAAAAUGUGGGGAAAAUAUGUAGGAGGUUAUGAUAAGGAGGAGAAGGCGGCGAGAGCUUACGACCUUGCCGCACUGAAGUACUGGGGUCCGACGACCACGACGAACUUCCCAGUGUCCAACUACGAGAAGGAGCUGGAGGAGAUGAAGUCGAUGACGCGGCAAGAGUUUAUCGCGUCGCUGCGCAGGAAGAGCAGCGGCUUCUCACGAGGUGCCUCCAUCUACAGAGGAGUGACAAGGCAUCAUCAGCACGGCCGGUGGCAGGCGAGGAUCGGCCGGGUGGCCGGAAACAAGGACCUGUACCUGGGCACUUUCAGCACACAGGAAGAGGCGGCCGAGGCGUACGACAUCGCAGCGAUCAAGUUCCGCGGGCUCAAUGCCGUGACCAACUUCGACAUGAGCCGCUACGACGUCGAGAGCAUCCUCAACAGCGACCUGCCGGUCGGGGGCGGGGCAGCCAGUCGCGCCUCCAAGUUCCCGCUGGACUCGCUGCCACCAGCGAAUGCCGGUGCAAUAAUCACAGGGGCGGCGUCACAGGCCAUGCCGCCGUCCGAGAAGGACUACUGGUCUCUACUCGCCCUGCACUAUCAGCAGCAGCAGCAGCAACAACAGCAGCAGCAGUUUCCCUCUUCUGCGUUCGAGGUCUACGGCUCCGGCGUCAACGUGGACUUCACGAUGGGCACAAGCAGCUACAGCGGCAGCAACAACAGCAGCGGUGUCAUGUGGGGUGCUACUACUGGUGCAAUGGGACAGCCAGACAGCAGCAGCAACAAGCAGGGCAACAGCUAUGCCAGUAACAUUCCUUAUGCUGCUGCUGCUGCUCUGGUGUCUGGAUCAGCAGGCUAUGAGGGCUCCACGGGCAACAAUGGCACCUGGGUUACGAGUAACACGGCCGCGGCUCCCCACUUCUACAACUAUCUGUUCGGAAUGGAGUAGGUGAACUGACAAGCUAGCUAGCUGAAGUGAGGUGAUAGGCCUAGGAAGCUAGGACUGACAUGGAACUGAUCCAAAUUUUGGCUGCUGCAUAUGGCAUGUACGAUUGCGAUGCAUCCUUCUGCCAUUCUUAUUAUUCUCUGACAUAGUAAUACGGUAGUACCGUAGCAGAGAACUCAUGUACCAUCAGCAUUUCUAAAUUCUAA